GCAGCAGCUCCGAACGGUCGGGAGGUGCUUUUUUUUCUGCUCCGGGCAGCGCUUGGGUGUCUGUAUGCUGGCACUCGGUCUUGCUCGUGUUUGAGAAAGCUGGUUUGCCUGGGGGGCUGCCCCCCCCAGUGCCAGUUUCAGGGGCCCUGCCUCACCUAGGAGAGGGUGCAGAUAGAACUCGAACUCGCCCGCCUGGCAGCCCCUUCUGAGAUUAGCUGCUCUGCACAAACCCCUGGGACAGCAGGAAUAUGCUCUUGAAGGAGUACCGGAUAUGCAUGCCUCUGACUGUGGACGAGUACAAGAUAGGACAACUGUACAUGAUCAGCAAGCACAGCCAUGAGCAGAGUGACCGAGGAGAAGGUGUGGAGGUUGUCCAGAAUGAGCCCUUUGAAGAUCCUAACCAUGGUAAUGGACAGUUCACAGAGAAGCGAGUGUAUCUCAACAGCAAAUUGCCUAGCUGGGCUAGAGCUGUUGUCCCCAAGAUAUUUUAUGUUACAGAGAAGGCUUGGAACUACUACCCUUACACAAUUACAGAAUACACAUGCUCAUUUUUGCCAAAAUUCUCCAUUCAUAUAGAAACCAAGUAUGAGGACAACAAAGGAAGCAACAAUAGCAUUUUUGACAGUGAAGCCAAAGAUGUAGAACGAGAAGUUUGUUUUAUUGAUAUUGCCUGUGAUGAAAUCCCUGAGCGCUACUAUAAGGAAUCUGAGGAUCCUAAACAUUUUAAAUCAGAGAAAACGGGAAGAGGACAGUUAAGGGAAGGCUGGAGAGAUAGUCACCAACCCAUCAUGUGCUCCUACAAACUGGUGACUGUGAAAUUCGAAGUCUGGGGACUUCAGACCAGAGUAGAACAAUUUGUACACAAGGUGGUCCGAGAUAUCCUGCUGAUUGGGCACAGACAGGCUUUUGCGUGGGUUGACGAGUGGUAUGACAUGACAAUGGAUGAAGUCCGAGAGUUUGAAAGAGCAACUCAGGAAGCCACCAACAAGAAAAUUGGAGUUUUCCCACCUUCAAUUUCUAUCUCCAGCAUUUCCCUGCUGCCUUCUGCAAUCCGUACUGCUCCUUCUAGUGCUCCAUCGACACCUCUUUCCACAGAUGCUCCAGAAUUCUUGGCAGUUCCCAAAGAUCGACCUCGAAAAAAAUCUGCCCCAGAAACUCUCACUCUUCCAGACCCUGAGAAAAAAUCUACACUGGAUUUACCUGGUGUACAUUCUUCAGACAAGCCAUGUCAGCCCCAAGAGUAACAAUGAAUAAAAUUUCAUAGUUUUUUGUUAUGUA